AUGUACGGGCGGGCGAGCGGAAGCUGCAUACUCGGCCGGUGCAACCCCCCACCGCCCCGAGUCGGGCGCGUGCGCCAACACGCCGUGCCGCCGCCGGCCGGCGAAUCAGUCUACCGCCGCGCCGCGACUACAACGCACGCACCCGCCAAGAUUGCUUCACAAGUGGAAAUGCCGUCAAGCCUCUUCGGAGAGCUCGGAGGUGGACUGGUGGAGGACCAGCGGGCGUUCCAGCUCGCCCUCGAGUUGAGCAUGCUUAACUUCGGCGAGACUCUGCCCUCGACGAACCCGCUCGCUAGCCCGCUCGGCUUCGCUCCGCCGCCAGACGAUCGCACCAAGAAAUCUCAAAACAUGACCGAGUGUGUACCGGUACCGUCUUCGGAGCACGUCGCCGAAAUCGUCGGUAGACAAGGUAAGGAUUGA